GCACGACAGUCUGAAAACACGCCCGUCCUACACUAACUGCCACUUUAAAAGGUGUGGUAAUAAACGUGACAGCGUACUGAACAGUUAUCUGGCGUCCUGUACAUUCUGGAGUGGCGGUAUUUAUGUUAACUUUGCAUUAUUUUACAGAAAAAUAAAGAAAGUUUCCUGGUUUGAAAAUGGCCACAGAUGAGCUCUCGUCCAAACUCAGCCGUCGGCUGCAGAUAGAAGAAGGAGCCGAGGAUCCUGUCGCCGUGGAUGCUCCCGGACAGCACACUGGUUCGGAAGAGAAACCGAAUACGGCCAACGCAAAUUCGGAGCUGGGCGCUAAACUGUUGCGGCGAGAAGAGCUGAACGAGGGGAUUGGUGAACACUCCCUACCCAGCAUGAAGAUCUUCAACCCCUACACCGAGUUUAAAGAGUUCUCUCGAAAGCAGAUCAAAGAUAUGGAAACUUUGUUCAAAACGUAUGAUGCUGGUAAGGACAACUACAUUGACCUAAUGGAGCUGAAGCUGAUGAUGGAGAAGCUUGGAGCUCCACAGACACACAUUGGCUUGAAGAACAUGAUCAAAGAGGUGGAUGAAGACCUAGACAACAAGCUCAGCUUCAGAGAGUUCCUACUGAUUUUCAGGAAGGCAGCAGCAGGAGAGCUGGCAGAGGACAGCGGCCUCUGUGCCCUUGCUCGCCUCUCUGAAAUUGACGUCUCUACAGAGGGGGUCAAAGGAGCCAAGACCUUUUUUGAAGCUAAAGUCAAGGCCAUCAAUGAAUCCAACCGAUUUGAGUCGGAGAUCCGCCAGGAACAAGAGGCCAAGAAAAAGCAAGCUGAGGAGCAGAAACAAAGACGAGCCGCAUUCAAAGAACUGCAGUCAGCUUUCAAAUAACUUCAAGACCUUUAAAUCACUAAUGCUGUCAGUUUUCAAAUUGGUAGAUUGAAGACUCUUAGUCUCAGUAAUAAUAGAAAUCCUACAAUAUGAAAUAGCAGUAUUGUCCUCUUAAAAUCGGUCUGUUAAGCCUCUUGAACAUCAAAUUGCAAUUUACUAAACACAGUUCUAACAUUUGUCAUAAUUUCCAGACUCAGUACUGCACAGUCUUAGAAGAGAGUCACUCAGUGUAAUGCUCUACAUUUUUUUUUACUGCACAAAGAAUUGUAUGGUCCUGUACCAGGGUUGUAACUUGGUCCUGAGAAGCCUCGGGACAGUUGUAGUGGUCAUCAUUCUUCAGUGUCAUGCUUCGUGUACUACAGAGAUUUAAAAUGAGGUUAUUUUAGAAAUUAGGUAAUAUUUUUAUAGCACUAUUUUUUUUUAAAAAUCAGCCUUCUUUGUUUUAUUCACCAACUUUGCUGCUAACUGCUGUGAAUGAUGUGACCUUACUGUAUUCUGCUUUGAUUUAACCACAUGUGCCAUCAGACUAUCAGAAUGAUUUAUCCUGAAGUGUAAAUGAAAGGCAUAAGAACAAAAACCAGGUUCAUGAUAAAGUGUGUAUUAUAUAAAUAUCUUUCCUGGUUCAUACUACGACUCACCAAGUGGUAGUGAAACUUAAAAAUGUGACACAACCGAAAACUGAUAAAAAUUGUGCCUUAAUGCUAAAACAUGUUUCAAAGGUGCAGCUUCUGCUUUGAACAUCUGUUUCUAAGUUGUGUCAUCCUUGUACAGUUUCACUGCUUCUUGGCAAGUAGUUUGCAAGUGUUUUUAGUAGACAGCUUUGUGUCUUCCAUGGUAACGAUGUAAGACUGUAGAAACCUGUUAGUGGCCAAUCACAAGGAAGGUUUCACUGCAUUACCUCAUCCACAGGUGAUUGGUCAGAGCUCUGUAAAUGUCAUCAUCAGAUGGGGGCCAAGCAGACAUCUGGGCACUUGCCAGAUUUUUUGUGACCACACAGACUCGUCUGUGGAGAAUUUAAUGCACUAACAUGCGUUUGAGGCAGCAGACUGUAUAACAGGAAUAACUAAUCAGUCAUCGUCUCCGUCUAAAGCCUGUUGUGGAGACGGUCAGCUGCAGACAUCAUGGCUGAGCUGUCAUUCCGGUUAUACUUCUUUGAAGUCCACACUCGCCAUCUGAUGACAAAGGAUAUGUUACUUGGAACCAAGUGGAGCCCAGUAAACUUAUAAUAAUCAAGCCUUAUACAAGGCUUAUACCUCUUUGUGACAAAUCUAACUACUGCCAGCACCCUCCAGCGACCACCCUCAGACUGAUGGGGAAUACUGCGAUCGCUGGUUGGGGGGGUUGUCGAGCAGUCUCUGUGUGAUUGAGUUCUGAAUUUUUAUUUUAUUUUUGUAAUUCUUCCGUUGCUAAAUUAGUUGAUUGCAUUUUUUCUUUUAUUUUUUUCUGUUUAACUUUGCUUCACAUAUUGGAAGUUUAACUUGGUGCUACUGCCUAAGUUCACCUAAUCAAAUUUCUUUUUAAAUUGUUUUCUCAAAUGAAUUAGUUUUCAUUUAUUCAUACACAUCCCUGGUAUAUUUAGAUUAAAAAGACUUAAUUUAGCGUGUGACAUUUGUUCACAUGAACCAUUGAUGGUCUGAGGUGCGUUGCGUAUUCAUGAUGUUAGUUAGUUUCUGCUCACAUUUCCAAAUUACUGUCCCAAAUGGCUCAUAAUGUGAACUGUGAUUACAAGAUGUAUGUAAUUCUGAUACAAUGCCCUUUCUUCGUAAAGUAUUUUUGGGGCAUUUAGUUAAUUGGUUUGUUCAUAUACUUUUCUUAUACUUCAUACGGGACUAUUGAAACAGAUUGGUUCUUAAAUAAUUUUUUCAAUUUGAAUGACAUGUUUAACAGCUGGAUUACUGUUGUGCUUUUGCAGCUCUUUGAGUGUAGUACGAGUAUUAAUAAAUUUAAAGAGGCUGUUUUAUACUGUAUGAGGCACAUUGAUGAAAAAUAACAUAAUGGAGCUACGCUGUGUCUCUUCCAACCUGCCAUCCACCUACAGCUGGGAGAAAAAAACCAAAACACCAAAUCACUUCUCUCCGUGCUCUACGUGGUGCACUUUACCCUGCUGGAAGAAGCCAUGAUUUGGUAUUAGGGGGCACAAAGUGUAAAUUAACCAACAUCAUUACACCAACAACCUGAACUGCUGAAAAAAGCCAAGCUUGGAUACUUGCAUGCACAUUUCAAAAGAAAAAGGUUUUGAAAUCUCUAGUAUGAGCAAUUUUACCCUUUAAUUUGGAAAAUGUUUGUUUUUCAGCGUCAUGAAGGACAUGAUAGACACACAGUUAAUAAACUAAAAUUAAUGCUUUAGUUCAUAAAUGACACACCAGAGCCAAAUACUACAGAGCAGGAUUUUGGCUUAUCCAGGACACUUUGGACAAACCUUACGGGUUAACCACGUAAGGAAGAUGGUUUACUUCUUACCAGGUAAACUGCCAGAUUAAAAAUCAACAGAUAAGGAAAUCACUGUUAAAUGACGAAUCAAUUGAAGUUACAGUUCUUCCCAAAUGUGCCAGCAUCACUGCUUUUUCCUCCUCUUCUCUAUUUGUCUUACUAGUUUACUACACUCACCCCAAUACCAAUAAAAUAUCAUUUUGAGUCAA